AAUUUAGGGAGAUAGCCGGAAACUAUCAAUAAAGCUGUGUAAGAAAACAGAACCAGAAAAAAAGUUCCUGAAAGAACCUGGGAAUAUUUUAAAGCCUUUUGAAACCAAAUUAAACUCAAGAAACACAAUAUACUGAGAGAGAAUCAUGUUGGACUUUUACUACAUGCUCUACUCGGCUCCUUGCCGUUCAAUCCUGAUGACUGCCCGGGCCUUGGGCUUGGAGUUGAACAAGAAGAAGGUGGAUCUAGAUGCCGGUGAUCACCUGAAGCCAGAGUUCCUGAAACUCAAUCCUCAGCACACUAUUCCCACUCUGGUGGAUGGUGACUUUGCCCUUUGGGAGUCGAGGGCCAUUCUGCUCUAUCUGGCGGAGAAGUACGACAAGGAUGGAUUGGUCUAUCCCAAGGAUCCCCAGGAGAGGGCCGUGGUUAAUCAACGCCUGUUCUUCGAUCUGGGAACGCUGUACCAAAGCUAUGUCUACUACUAUUAUCCCCAAUUGUUCGAGGACGUUAAGAAGCCGGCCGAUCCUGAUAACCUGAAGAAGAUUGACGCAGCCUUUGCCAUGUUCGACACCUUUCUGGAGGGUCAGCAGUAUGCCGCCCUGGGCAAAUUGACCCUGGCCGACUUUGCCCUGCUGGCCACCGUAUCCACCUUUGAGAUAUCCGAGUAUGACUUUAAAAAAUAUCCGAAUGUGGUCAGGUGGUACGAUAAUGCCAAGAAGGUUGUGCCCGGAUGGGAGGAGAACUGGGAGGGCUGUGUGUACUACAAGAACCAAUAUCUGCUUGAACUUUUGAACAAACAAUGACUUGCCUUUAAUAAUUACUCAGCAAAAAAUAUGUUACACUAAUACGAAUUUCAUCAACUUACUGAAUAAAGAGUACCGCAAACUGGAA